AUGUCCACAAAGAUAUCCAUGGCCAUAACCAUAUCCACCAUAACCGCCAUAACCGCCGUAACCGCCCAAACCGUCAAACCAAAGUGCCUCGUCUGCGAUCCUGACUCUACGCUUGUCACCUGUCCUCUGUUGGGUUGCGCGAAUGCGUGGGACGCCCCCAGCAGAAGGGGCGAGAACAGAAAGGAGGUAGUUCCGCCGCAGACGCGAGCUAACCUUACCGUCUUUUUCGGUUUACGAAUUUCGCCGCUAGAAUGCUACGUCGCGUGGUCCAGUUGGCAGUGGUGUUGGCCGUUGUGUGCCUGUGCGUGGCCCUCCCUCAGUCCCAAACCCAGGGCCGCCAAGGACAGGGCCAAAACAGGUUCUUCUUUGGCAAUCUCCUCGGUGCCGCUCAGGGUGCUUUCCAGGGUGCUGUGUCUGGUUUCGCAAAUCCGUAUGGAGGUUAUAACAACUUCAACAGGCCCUAUUACAACAACUUCAACUACAACCCAUACGGUGGUUACAACUACUAUGGAUAAGGAGUGCGAUGUGGCUGGACUUGUGACCCGAACCUCUCGUUGAAGCUUUGUUCUGUAUUUUUAGUUUCAAUAAAACUGAA